CCGACACAACCCGUUCAGUCGCUCCCCGGCACCGGCACUGAGCGUCCGCGUUUUCCUCUCCCAAAACUAACUUUUCGUAAGUUCGACAUGACGUUACGUUGCGUCCUCGCGGUGUUGGCGCUGGCCUGCUCCGCGCUCGCGGGCCAGGAGGUCACCGAACUCAAGGUGGACGUGGUCAGCGUGCCCGAGGGCUGCACCACCAAGUCCAAGCACGGCGACAUGCUGACCAUGCACUACACCGGCACCCUGGACGACGGCCACAAGUUUGACUCCAGCUACGACCGCGACCAGCCCUUCACCUUCCAGAUCGGCGUGGGGCAGGUCAUCAAGGGCUGGGACCAGGGCCUGCUCGACAUGUGUGUCGGCGAGAAGCGUAAGCUGACCAUCCCCUCGUCUCUUGGCUACGGCGAGCGCGGAGCUGGCAACGUGAUCCCGCCCCACGCCACCCUGCACUUUGAGGUGGAACUCAUCAACAUCGGCGACUCGCCGCCCACCACCAACGUCUUCAAGGAGAUCGACGCCGACAAAGACAACCUCCUGUCCCGCGAAGAAGUAAGCGAGUACCUGAAGAAGCAAAUGGUGCCUUCGGAUGGUGCUGAGAUCAGCGAGGACAUCAAGCAGAUGCUCGAAAGCCACGACAAGCUCGUCGAGGAAAUCUUCCAACACGAGGACAAGGACAAAAACGGCUUCAUCAGCCACGAGGAGUUCUCAGGCCCUAAACACGACGAACUCUAAACGCUAAAUAACUUCAAUCCCCAUUACGUUAUUCUUUAAAACUAUUAAAGCGAACAUGACACUUGUCUAUGGUUCACAAUGUAAUCACAUGGACCCAAUCUUUGUACUUAUUUAUUAAAAAAUCAUGUCAGAUUCGCUUUAAAAUAGUUUUAAGUUAUUUUUUACAAGACUUUUGAGAAUGCGAGUUUGAAAUUAUUAUUUUAAUAAUUGUUUGUAUAUUUGUCUUCUCUAAAUUGUUACAAUACACUCAUUCACGUUAAGUGACAACUUUGUUUUUAUCAGCGUAUGAGAGUUUUUGUUGAGUCUUUUGUACUUAGUUUACGUUGUUGGUGUAUCUACGAAUUUGUUAUUUAGGUACAUAUUAUUAUUACGAUUAGAUAGUAACACUGAUGCAUUAUUCAAGCAUAAUAUAUGUAAUUAUAUCUCCUUACUCGGUGCUAAGUGACUUUCGUAGCACGAUAUUUUAAGAAAUCGUCAAUUAGGUACUGACUAUUGACAUUGUAAAUUCGUAUUUCUAACUGAAUAGCCUGUUCUGAUCUACUACCUACCCACAUAUCCAAGACUUUGGUAUCCACCUGAAGGCUUUCAUCGAAGGUAUAUUAAGUAAGGGAUGAUAGAAUUUUACUGUUUACAUAGUAGAAGAACUGCGUAUUUACUGUAGUAGAAAUAUUCUAAAUGUGACCAAACGUUUCAAACUUUUCGUAUAAUAAUGUAGUGAGUACAUUCAUGUAGAUCAUAAUAAGAUCUUUGUAUUAUCUACUAUUUUAUGUUUCAUCACGUUGAGUAGAUUUGAAAGUACGCUACAUAAUAGUCACUAAUAGUUUAUUAAUCAACCAUAUAAUAUACACAAUAUCUAUGUGUUGUGAGUUCCAAUAUGCAUCGUAUUUAUUAUGUGUAACAUUAUUCCAUGUUCAUU